ACGUCAUUUAGCCAACUUUUUCAUUAAAAAAGUUACCGCAGGAUGAUCGUCGUCCAUUGGAGACCAGCUGAUUUGAGUUGACAAUAAAAUGUUCCGGUGCGGUCUAGCCUUUCUGGCUGUAAAAGUGGUAAAAUAUCGUGCGGUUUACGCCAAAAACAACUAAAACUCACUAAAAACUGUCCAAAUACAAUGGAAAAUGAAAUAUGGGCUCCGAAAUAUCAGCAGUCUGUGCCGACAAGUUUAGAAAGGACAGAGGAUCAUUUAAACAAUGGCAACACAGAAAACGAAGGAGAGGAAGGCGAAUCAAAAAAAGCCGGCGAGAAGGAAUACGAAAAUUUUGUUAAAAGUGAACCCGAUCUUGAUUCUGGUCCAACCAGCUUAACCAUUAGUGAGACUGCAAAGCAGACAAUACAUACCAUUCUGGAACUGAUUAAUCCACUGUCUCAGGUUGAAAAAUUCCUGCUGUUUCUAAAAUUGCCAGGUGAAGUAACAAAUGCUGUAGAUCCUUUCAGGCAAACUUUGAAUCCUUUGGGCAGCCGAUCAGAAAUUUACAGGACAAUAUCAUGGAUUAAAACUCAUUUGGAAGAAGAUCCAGACACUUCACUACCAAAGCAAGAGGUUUAUAAUGAUUAUCAUAACUACUGUGUGACAAACACCAUCAAACCACUGUCACAAGCAGAUUUUGGAAAAGUAAUGAAGCAGGUCUAUCCAAAAGUACGUGCUAGGAGAUUGGGCACUAGAGGAAAUUCCAGAUAUUGUUAUUCUGGUUUGAGAAGAUGUAUGAAGCUAAAAACACCCAAACUUCCAGAUUUAGCAGAUAAACCAAUGUCAACGGAGGCUCCAUUCACUCAAACAAGUUUAACAUCCGCAGCAUGGUUGAUUGUGAAAGAAUGGUCGGAACAGCAGCUGAAUCAGAAAUUUGAUUCUAUCCAAGCUCUAGCUUAUCAUUUGAUAAUGAACCACGCUGUUGGCACAGGUUCUGAAGCUGCCUCAAAAAUUGCUUCUGUCAGUGAAUCUUCACUCAAAGGUGAGGAAGGAAAUUACAAAAAUUGUAGUAAGCAUAGGGAAAUGCAACUGCAGCUUCAAAGGAAAAUUCAACAAAAAAAUGAAGGGAAGGAAAGGAAAAGAAAAAUGCAGGUAGGUUACCACUGUAACUUUAACAAAAAAUUUCCUAUUUGAUUGUUUUUAAUUAUG